CAUUUGCCCUAUAGCUCAUUCACACACAAAAUUCUAAAAAUUCUCACUCUCUCUCCUCCCAAAAUAAAACAAAACAAGUAGUGUAGUAGGAAAUAUAAACAAUAACAAAAAAAUAUGGUAACAAAUUCAGUAAGGCUAAAAUAUGUGAAGCUAGGUUACACUUACCUAGUGAACCAUUUCUUAAGCCUACUACUUGUACCCGUUAUGGCAGGGAUACUUGUAGAGAUCCUUCGGGUCGGACCCGAAGAGAUUAUUUCUCUCAUUAAUUCACUCAAAUUGGAUGUUAUACAAGUCUUAUGCUCCACUUUUCUAAUAAUUUUCAUUCUUACGGUUUAUUAUAUGUCUAAACCGCGACCUGUUUACCUUGUGGAUUACGCGUUGUUUAAGCCUCCAUAUAUUUUUCGAGUUCCAUUUGCAACUUUUAUGGAACAUAAUAGGCUUAAUUUGAAGGGUGACCAAAAAGCAGUAGAGUUUCAAAUGCGGAUCUUAGAGCGUUCUGGAUUAGGUGAAGAGACAUGUUUACCACCGGCUAUUCAUUAUCUUAACCCUAAUCCUACCAUGGAGGCGGCUAGAAAUGAGGCGGAGAUGGUUAUUUUUUCUGCUGUUGAUGAUUUAUUGAAAAAAACUGGAGUUAAGACUAAGGAUAUCGAUAUUUUGAUCGUGAAUUGCAGUUUAUUUUCACCAACUCCAUCACUAUCUGCCAUGGUUGUUAAUAAAUACAAGCUUAGGAGUAAUAUUAAGAGCUUUAACUUGUCUGGCAUGGGUUGCAGUUGUAGUCCUAUAUCUGUGGACUUGGCACGGGAUCUGUUGCAGGUUCACCCAAAUUCAUAUGCCUUGGUGAUAAGUACAGAGAUCAUAACCCCAAACUACUAUCAAGGGAAGGAGCGAGCUAUGCUGUUACCUAAUUGUCUUUUCCGCAUGGGCUGUGCUGCCAUGCUUUUAUCAAAUAAGCGCAAGGAAAAAAAGAGGUCCAAAUAUCAACUCCUUCAUGUCAUCCGCACCCAUAAGGGUGCGGAUGACAAGGCUUUUAAAGUUGUCUAUCAGGAGGAAGAUCCCGAGGGAAAAGUUGGGAUCUCCCUCCAGAAAGACCUCAUGGCAAUAGCCGGUGAUGCAUUAAAAUCCAAUAUCACUACGAUGGGUCCCUUAGUCCUUCCAACCUCCGAGCAAGUCCUCUUCCUCUUUUCGCUCAUCGGAAGGAAGAUAUUCAACCCAAAAUGGAAACCUUAUAUACCAGACUUUAAGCAAGCAUUCGAGCAUUUUUGUAUUCAUGCUGGUGGUAGGGCUGUAAUUGACGAACUUCAAAAGAACCUCCAACUCUCCGCCGAACAUGUUGAGGCUUCUAGGAUGACCUUACAUAGGUUCGGGAACACUUCUUCAUCCUCCCUUUGGUACGAGCUUAGCUACAUCGAGGCCAAAGGAAGGAUGAAGAAGGGAGACCGUGUUUGGCAAAUAGCUUUUGGGAGCGGAUUUAAGUGUAAUAGUGCAAUUUGGAAGUGUAACCGUACAAUCAAAGCACCUACUGAAGGACCUUGGGAUGAUUGCAUCCACCGAUACCCAGUCUAUAUACCCGACGUUGUGAAGCUUUAGAAGGACAUUUACACAAACAAAAAAAAGUUGUAUCUUGAUUUUUCUGUCAUUAUAUUCAUAUAUAUUGUCAAUUGUUGAUUAACUAUAUCUAGUUAUUUAUAUUACAAGAUCAGGGGAGAAAAGAUCCUUAGUGAUGAUUUUAAUUAAAAUUUAGUUGUCAUAAUUAAAGGUUUCUGAUGAAACCGAUUAUCAUGUAUCUAUGCAUGUUACUGUUAGUUACUACGUACCAUGUUGUAUAUCACACAAGGAAAAUUUAUAGAAUCUUACGUUAUCUUCA